UACAAAUUUCAUAAAUUUCUCCACGCCCUCCCACAUUCUUACAGAGAGAUCCUUAGACUAAAAUUCAAUCCAACGGCUACAGUUUGAUAUUAAAAAGAAUCCAGGCGCCACCAUACGAUACGAAGCAAAAGACUCUAGAACCCUCUUUUUUUCUGUCUGUGGUCACCGCCUUUAACAGAGCCCUAACUAAUUUGCAGAACAAUCCACCUUUUGAUCUAUCUUUGGGGACAAGACACUCUUCAAACCCUUCUUGAUUGCAUCGUCUAAUUUUUCAAGGUUCAAUAAUCUAUAGUAAAACAAGGUUUGUUUUCAGGUAUGUAAGACGUGAAUUUUGAGGUGCUGGUUCUGUUUGGUGAGAAUGAACAUCAUCAAGGUUGGUCCUGGUCCACGUGUUCGUGGUGGGGUUCAUGCCCCCAACUUGUCUCAGUUGCGCCGCGAUUUUAAGUCUGGAGCAUGUUCAUCGCCGGUGGCUUUUGACCCUCUCUCCGUGACUUCCCUUCGCCUCACACCUGAAUCUUUAUCUCGCUCUCAAUGCCAACCUGUCCUUAAAUCUCGCCAACCUCUUCAUCUCUGUUUGGCCGGUGGACAAGGAAUGAUGGAAAAUAAUGGGGAUUUCCAGAGCAAAUCUCUUCAAGAAGCUAUGGAACAAUUUAAGGGACAGUCGAUAGAGGAUAUAUUGCGACAGCAAAUGCAGAAAGGAGGCAGUGGAGACAUUCCUCCUGGAGGACGCCGUGGUGGUGGUGGUGGAAGUGAUGAUGGCAGUUCUGGGGGAUCAGAUGGGAUGUCAAACGAAAAUCUUCAAGUUGUUUUAGCAACAGUUUGCUUUGUAAUAAUGUAUAUUUUUGUCAUCAACGGUUUAGAACUUAUAAAGCUAGCUAGGGACUGCAUCAAGUUUGUGUCUGGUAGAGGCCAGAGUGCUCGAUUGAAGCGAGCCAUGCACAGAUGGGUUAAACUUUACGAGAAUAUCAUUGAGAAGAAGGAAGCUGUCAAGAAUGGAUUGGAGAAAGCCUGCACAUACUGGGGAUACGCUAGCAAGAUAAUCCUACAGUUUCUUGUGAAUUUAAGCGUCUCGGGAGUUUUUCUAUGUGCCACUAGGAAACUCCUUGCUAGGCAGUUGCAAAACUGAUGAACUUGGAUGCUUGGGUCUGCAUAUUUUUGCGAAUUUGUUCUUGCAGUGUGCUGAUUGUCGAAUAGAUUGUCAAAUGGAUAGCCUGUGUAAUACUCCGUCUACAUUGUAGUCAUGAUUGCCAUAGGAUUCUGUGAUAGUAGUUCUGAAACCGUAAAAUUGGUCAAUUUGUUAGAUUCAAUGCUAAACUUUGUAUUAAUUUCAUCUGUUGUGAUGGAUCUCAGUGCAUUUGGCAGAGAAAUUUUUUCUUUGCUUUCGUUUA